GCCCGGGAGGAAUGGCUGCUGCGUUUCGGCCGCCGCAGCUCGCCGUGCUGCGGGCGCUGCGGUCUUUGGUGUAUCCCAGGGUGGGAGGUUCAGGCUCCAGCUGCUGCCGCUGCCCUCUCGGAGCUAAAAGAUAUCUACUUACAGAUAAUAUUGUGAAAUUAAGAGAAUUUCAGCAUAAGAAGUUGGCUAUUGCACACAGUCUUCCUGGCACCAAAGAAACCUAUCUGAGACACUUGGAAGACAAAUUGACCCAGAACAAGCUCAUCUUGAAGGAGGAGUUGAGAACCUUACUUCAUUUGUGUGAGUCCCGGGAUGAUGUGGAACUGGCUAAAAAUGUCAUUUACAGGUACCAUGCAGAGAACAGAAACGUCACUUUGGGGGAGUUCAAGUUUGGACCACUCUUCAUGAGACUGUGCUACGAGUUGGAUCUUGAGGGCUCUGCAGUGGAGCUCAUCAGAGACCAGCAUUUACGAGGUUUCUUCUCAGACUCUACAUCAUUUAAUAUUUUGAUGGAUAUGUUAUUCAUCAAAGGGAAAUAUAAAAGUGCGUUGGAAGUGUUGAUUGAGAUGAAAAACCAAGAUGUGAAGUUCAGCAAAGAUACCUAUGUCCUUGCUUUUGCAAUUUGCUACAAACUGAAUAGCCCUGAGUCUUUUAAAAUCUGCACUGCGCUGAGGGAAGAAGCUCUAAUCAGAGGAGAAGUCCUCUCCAGGAGAGCGUCGUGUUUUGCUGUGGCUCUCGCUCUGAACCAGAACCAGGUGGGAAAAGCUGCAUCCAUUUUUUCUCAAAUCAUGAAGCCAGAAAACAUAAUCUGCACUAAUUUAAAUCUUAUGAUCCAUAUCCAGUCGAAUAUGCUGGAAACCGUGAUGGGGAUACUAAAGGAUACUGCAGAGGGAAAUUUAUCAAGAUUUGUGAAAAAACUUAAAUUCUCAGAAGAAGUGCUGGCCAAAGUGAGGGGAAAAGUGAAGGAUGUGCCGGCCCUUCUGGCCAGAUUUGACGAGCUCUAUGGGAAACUGCACAUAAAUGGCCAGGUCACCACUUACAGUUUGGAUGCUCUGCUCUGCCACACCCCCAAGGACCUGAAGUCCCACGUGGUUCUGUCCAACAAGAGGACAGCCAGCCAUCGGACCUUCCAGCCACUCAGCCAGUCCCUGUGGGCUGAGUAACCCCGGGUCCAAGACCCCAGGGGGUGGAUCUGAGUUGGACGGGGCUGCUUCCAGUGAGUUUCUGGCGUCCUAAGAAAUCAGACACCGAACUCCAGUGGACACCGCACUACCACUUGGUCUCCUCCUAAUCUCUGUGUUCAUUGAGUGCUGGCAGGCUGACCCGAGAAGUUAAUGCAUUGUGCCACCUUGAAGGUCUAGGUAGAGGCAAGCAGAAAGCUCAGCUCCUUCAUAGAGCAGGCUGGUGCUGGUAAACUGUGGAGGGUCCUUGAGGGAACAUGGUCACAGUGUCCAGUCCGGCUGCUGGUACCAGAGUUUCCGGUAAGCCGUGGUGGAAGGAAUUGCACUGUAAGUGGUCCACCCCGACCCCCUUUCAGGGGAGUAGCUGCUCAAUGACUUCAGAUGAUCCGAGCCCCUGUGCUGUGGCGAUGCUGGGAAACAGCCCCGGGUCUUCCCUCUGCUUCUCCCGUCACUUACUGCGGCCCCAGAGAAGACACUUGAGCCCUCGCUUUUCCACCCGUAAGAUAGCAGUGCCUAUGUGAAUCUGCAUGUUGAUUUGAAUUUUUCAUUCAAGGUUCAGUAGGGCCACAUUUUCUCAAAAAAUAAGAAAAAUAAAACAGGUUCCCCAAACUUCUUGGAAUUGUUUUGUUUUCUCAGCAGCACAAACAAAACCAGAAUUUAGCUCUCAGAAAUGGUAAGUGAGCCAGCAUUUAAAUGAUUACUGCUCUGGUCAUGGGCAAACCAUGUGCUUUUCAAAAUAAAAGUGCCAGUGAAAACCA